CAGAGCCCCCCCACACUCCUCUGUCACAGCCCACAGAGAGACCCCUGCCCCUGGACCAACCCCAGCCUCCGAGCCCCCCUCCCCCUCCAUCUCUCUCCUCCUCCUCCUCCUCCUCCUCCUCCUCCUCCCUCCUCCUCCUUUGGGCCUGGAUCGGACUCAUAUGAACAACUGGACAGCCUGGAUGAUGGGAGCUCUCUAUCCAACACCAAGUGGAGACCCAUUCCCCCCCUGCUGCCUGAACAAGAAAUCGAGAGUGGACCAGACUGUGGGACGAGGGACCAGUGCUGCCAGACUGACGAGCAGUUUCACUACGCAGGUCACUGUGUGGAGCCUGGAGACCCUCCUCUGCUGCAGCAGCCUCUGCACACUUCCAAAUCAGGAAUCCAACAAAUCAUUGAAUGUUUCCGAUCAGGCACGAGCCAGCUGAAGAACAUGCUGCUUAAGGAGGUGGACACCAUCUUUGAAUGUAAAAUGUGCCGUAGUCUGUUCAGAGGCCUGCCCAACCUCAUCACUCACAAAGAGUACUACUGCUUAUCACGCCUGCCUGAUCCCGAUGGUGGAGAUGGAGACAAACAGACCAUAGCCAUGAAGGACCUGAUGGAUGCCAUCUACCCACGAGCUGACCGCCCAGACUUUGUGGUUCGACUGGAGCCCAUUCAGACCACCACCAAGGCAGUGUUUCAGUACCUUUCCACAGAAGAAGAGAUGGCCCGCUAUCCCUCCACCACCCCCAGUGCCAGAGAGAGUCCAGUGGCGUGGGAGGGACAGUCCACGGAGAAUGUGGAAAAUAACCAGCCGAGUCAGCCUGUGGAGACAGAGAGUCAGAGGAGCCCCAGUCCUGCGCCUGUGGAAGAGGAGGAGCCCCCCGAGGAGCCCCCUGCACCCCCCCAGGCUGAAGACGAAGACUCCAACAGUGGGGUGGAGGACGUGACCAUCUCCUGCUGUCUGUGUGGUCAGGACUUUAACUCUCGCCGCAGCAUCAGGCGUCACUGUCGUAAAAUGCACCAGACCAAAUUGGAGGAGCUCCGAAAGUUCACCGAAACACGCACUGUUCCUACGAGUCUCCUCUCCAUGGUCAAAGGUCGACAACGGACUGCCUGCACACCCACUGGGAAGUCGUGUCCGGUUUGUCUGAAAUCAUUUGCGACUAAAGCCAACGUGAGGAGACAUUUUGAUGAGGUGCACCGCGGACUGCGCAGAGACAACAUGACUCCCAACAUGGCCACCAAACCCGAGCAGCCGUUUGUUCUGGACGACUCAGCCCCUCGCCGCAGUAACACAUCGUCUCCUGCCAAAACCGUGAGCUCCAAACCUCCUGCUCAGAGCCAGCUCAAACCACAGAGCAGCAGCAACAACAGCAGCAGCAACAGCAACACCAACCUCAUGUCCUGCCGAUGCUCCCUGUGCAAGAGGACCUACAGCUCACAGCUCAUGUUAAAGAGGCACAUGCGAAUUGUCCACAAGAUUUACAGCUCGAAGAACAGAAACAAUGUUUCUGCAGUACCUGUCACUCACGCGACUCUCCCAACUCACAUCUCCAACCUCAGUCUGGAGCCUUCUAAUAUCAAGUUGAAAGAGGAGAGAAUUGAGCACUCUGAAGAGGAGGAGGAAGAGGAAGAGAAGAGGGAGCAGGAAGAGGAGGAGGAGGAGGAAGAGGAGGAGGAAGAAGAAGUGGACAUUGACAGCAGUCCUGCCCCAUCCCCGAGCGGCAGCACAGAGACACCCAAAACCGCUGAAAAAAAUACCACUAAGGUGAAGGAGGAUGAGAGCCCUCCAAACCAGAAGAGUACACCAUCGUCCAUUUCCCCCUUGCCCAAAAACAAGGCACUGUCUGUUGGUUUUGACUUCAAACAACUUUUCUGCAAACUCUGCAAGAGACAGUUCAGCUCGCGGCAGAACCUGUCCAAGCACAUUGAGCUGCACACAGACGGUACAGAGAUCUUCAUUAAGUUUUACCGCUGUCCUCUCUGCAGCUAUGAGUCUCGCCGCAAAAGGGACGUGCUCCGGCAUGUCACCGUGGUGCACAAGAAAUCAUCUUCGUACAUCGCCAAGAUCAUGCCCAAACUGGAGAGCCGCGCAGUCAAGAGGCAGGCCGAGGCGGUGCUUACCAGUAAUAACACUCCCAACAAGAGGACCACCAUCAAAGAGGAGGUGAACGGGCGCCAUUGUACAUCCCCCUCUCCUCUGUCCCCUCCCUCCGCCCCUCACUCCACUCCUCGCAAACAGCAGGAGCCCUCAACGGGGAGUAAAUACCAGCCACGGCCCGUCAGCCCCCCCAUGACCAGACACUCACACCAGCGCUCCUCCUCCUCCUUCUCCGCCUCCCCCAGCACCCAAACCUCACCCUCGCGCCGUCAGGACACACAGUACGAGCGCAACCCCCCGGGGUCUACUGAGGUACGGGUCACCAAGAAUUUCUCCCUCCACGCCUGCGACCAGUGUGGGCGAGCUUUUGCCAAGAAGUUGUUCCUGGAGUCUCACAAACGAAGCCAUCGAAAUGCAGCUGCAGGAGAGGGCGGUCGGAGGAGAGGGGUCAGCACUCGCUCCAGGUCGCUGGUCUGGUGAAGCUCAGAACCCCAGGGGAUCAUCUAUGAACACGUCCCCAACGGUGAGGGUGGAUUGUGGGUUUGAAAGUAAAUGCACAAAUGGAGCACAUGGGAGAUCAGAAGAUGAACAAAAGAAACAACAAUGGAAUAUCACAAAGACAUUCAAACCAUUUGAACCCCAGGAACUAAUACACUGGAGUGACAUUUUUACAAAUCCUCCUAUGAUGCUGCUGCCCAGGUGAAAUGCACAAUCUGUCCAUAAGGAGGCGCUGCUAUACAGGGAGAGAGUGGCCUGAUGGUGGAGUUUCUGUAUAUAUUAUAUCUGUAUUCCUUCCUACACUUUGUAAAUGUAGAUCUAUAUACAAGCCACCAUUAGUGAGUGGAUGAUGAGACUGAAUGUGAAAAAAUGUGAAGGAGGGUUUUUUGAUAUUGACUAUUUCAGACCAGUGCAAAUUAUUUCAUUAAUAUUUCAUUUACUGUAGCACACUGAAUUCUAACAAAAUGGCUGCUCAGUUGGUACUUUUUCAUUCCCCGCUUUACUCUGCUUUUGUCUCGGUCGUUUUUCUCGCUGGUGAAACAGCUAUCAGUGUCUUACCUAAAAGAAGCCAUACCAAAAAUACCACUAUGCUCCUGCCUUACCUAUAGUCACUUACAGUACCUGCCUUACAGUAGCCAAACCCUUUCUCAUUGAAUGGUAACAGCAUCAGACUAUUGUCAAUAUAAGGGAUUCACCAGUAUUUGUUUGCUUUAUUUAUUCUCAACAUUUUUUAAACAAUGUUAUAUGUAAAUUAUUUCAAAAGAAGUUGGUUGUUUUCGUUUUGUAACUUAACAUGAGGGUUGUUUUAUUCCUUAUAUUGACAGUAGCACUAACUGGCUGGGAUAGUUUGGUUGGACAUGAGUUAAAAAGGCCAUCAGUUGGAGAUGAUGUACAAGAAACGGGUUAUGAACUGAAAUAAGGCAAAGGCAACAACUUCUAUAAUAAUUAUAACAUUUCAUUCAGUGUCUUUUGAGUGUAACAGAUAAGAAAUCAUUUCAGUAUUGUUAUAUUAUUACUUAUUAGUAUUUCUUCAGUAGGCAAAUUACUCUGUCUGUGGAAUCUACACAGUAACAUGUAAACUGCACUUCACAAAGGUAAUGGAAUAUUUGUGCACACAUUUCAGGCUAAGUUAUUUUGCUUAUUUGGCUGUUUUCUUUAGAACUUCCGAUAAUUGAGGAAAUCUGAUCUAUGUUCAAUUUAACUUAAGUGAAACGAGGCAUCUUUUGGUUACUUGAAAAUGAUUUUUAAAAAAUAAUCUCCUUUUACAUGUAAAAUUUCAGUAAAUCUUUAUUAUUCACUGGACCAAAAAUAUAUUAGAGAAAAAAAAAAAACACCACUGGAUUUUUUGUUUGUUUUAAAAUGUGGUCUUAAUAGUCAGGUGACCACUGUUUACUUUAUGUUUUCAGUACAGCAACAACAGCUACACAGAUAACGUUUGCAUAAAAUGUGAAUGGAGAUGGUGCAGAGGAGAGUGACCAAAUGUAGAUACAUGUCUUAUGAAAUGGAAAGCCAUGAAAUGGGACAAGAGCUGAAAAGACCAAACUUUAUUUUUCUAUUUCACGGUCUCAAACUUGUAUAUAAUAGUUAAUAAAAUAGUCAGAAUAGAGAUAAGAGAUAUUGGCAGUAUGUUUGAGUUGGUUGAGCACAUGGAGACAUUUCUGACUAGUUCUGUUAAGACUGAGAUGAUUUUGUGUUUCGUUCAGUUCACCAUUUUGUAUUUAGUGCUUUGUUAUGACUAUUGAAGGAGGCACUUUUUUUUUUUUAAGUAGGAACAGCCUGCCCAUGUUAUUGAGUUGUUUUGUAGCUUGUUGCUUUCCUCACCAGUUGUGAUCUGUUAUAAAGCUCACCUAACCCCGAAGAGCCUUUUCCGAUGUGACACGAAUGUUACCACCAACCACUUAAUAAAUAAACUGUACUUCUGCAGA